GUUCUCUUCGAGGCGGGCGGCGCCACGCGGGGCGUCGCGCUGGUGCUGAACAACAACGCCUUAACGUUCAACGUCGAUGGCGACGCGGCAGACGCCGACCUCACCGCAACGCUAACUCCAGGCUGGAAUCAAGCCAUCGGCGUGGUCGACCUGGAGAACGGUGGCGACACGAUCUCGCUCUAUCUCAACGGCGCGCUCGUCGGUAGCCUUGCCAAUCAGACGAUCGACGAUUGGGCCGGCGGCAAUCCCCUGGGGGUCGGGGCCGGCGCUAGUUCGUCGACCGGGGUCGCCUCCGCCGUUGGCAAUCCGUUCCAUGGCGACAUCGCAAUCGCUCGCUACUACACAGACGUUGCGUUUCGUCUCGACGAAGUCGAUCAGAACUACCAGUGGCUGCUCCAAGGCCAUCAGCAGCCCAGCGGCGCCGACGCCGUCACGUUGGCGAUCGUCGGUGACCUCUCGCUCGAGUCGGCCGCCACGAUCGAACUCGACCUCCUCAAUCCCGAGACCCACGACCGAGUCAGCGCGGCCGGCAAGGUCGAGUUAGACGGUGUGCUGGUGGUGUCGGCGGCGAGCGGCUUCGCCCCGUCCGCGGGCGACGUGUAUGCGAUCAUCAACGGAGCGACGCUGUCGGGAGUCUUCCAGAGCGAACAGCUCCCGGCGCUGACGAGCGGCCUGAUGUGGCAGGUCAAGUACGACGGCUCAUCGGCAACGCUGCUGGUCACCCUGUCGGGGGACUACAACGGCGACGGCGCCGUGGACGCCGCGGAUUACACCACAUGGCGCGACAUGGACGGACAAGCCGUGCCGGCCGGUACGAGGGCCGAUGGCAACGGCGACGGCAUGGUCAAUCAACUCGACUACGCCGUCUGGAGCGCGAACUACGGGCAAGCAAUCGCAAGCGGAGCCGAUUCGAACGCCACGCCCGAACCCACCGGAGCCUCGCUGACGAUCGUCGGCGGGCUGUUGCUCAACUGGCUAAAGGGCGACGGGCGCUGA